AUAUGUCUCUACUUAGCAACAUUUACAGUUGCAUUGUCCCUCGUGACCAAAAGUCACAACUGCUAUCGCCACAUGCACAUAAUCCAUUUCUCCCUCAUCGAUCCCUUGCCAAAAUAGUGUACAACUUAUUAUUUAGCCAUUGAUUAAGUCUAUUACACAGCCAAAGAGUUAUGGAUACGAUUCAAAAGCCACUACUAAGCAUAGCCAACUUUGAGCUCCAACCGCUCUACAUGGCCGCCAUGCUCGUAAUCCCACUGAUGUUGCUGCUAGGUUUAGUCUCUAGAAUCCGCCGAAGGCCACCGUAUCCACCAGGGCCUAAAGGCUUACCCAUCAUAGGCAACAUGCUUAUGAUGGAACAGUUAACACACCGUGGGCUGGCUAAGCUAGCAAAAGAAUACGGCGGAAUCUUCCACCUGCGCAUGGGGUUCCUCCACAUGGUGGCGAUUUCCGACCCUGACUCAGCACGCCAAGUCCUCCAAGUCCAAGACAACAUCUUCUCCAACCGUCCUGCCACCAUAGCCAUAAGCUACCUAACCUACGACCGGGCCGACAUGGCCUUCGCCCACUACGGCCCCUUCUGGCGCCAGAUGCGUAAGCUCUGUGUCAUGAAGCUCUUCAGCCGCAAGCGCCAAGAGUCAUGGGAGUCCGUCAGAGACGAAGUCGACAAGGUGGUCGGUUCCGUCGUCUCCAACACCGGAAAACCCGUCAACAUUGGCGAACUCGUUUUCAACCUUACCAAGAACAUCAUCUACCGCGCCGCGUUCGGGUCCAGUUCCCAAGAAGGUCAAGACGAGUUCAUCAAGAUCCUUCAGGAAUUCUCGAAGCUUUUUGGAGCUUUCAACGUCGCAGAUUUCAUCCCUUUCCUUGGUGGAAUCGAUCCUCAGGGCCUUAACAACAGGCUCGUCGAGGCUCGAGCUGCGUUGGACAGUUUCAUUGACGGGAUCAUCGAUGAGCAUGUUCACAAGGUAAAGAACAACAACAACAACAAUGAUCACAGUAAUAAUAUUGAAGAGUCUGAUAUGGUGGAUGAGUUGUUGGCUUUCUACAGCGAGGAGGCCAAGCUAAACAAUGAAGCGGACGAUCUGCACAACUCUAUCAAACUCACAAAGGACAACAUCAAAGCCAUCAUUAUGGACGUGAUGUUUGGAGGUACAGAGACGGUAGCGUCGGCAAUAGAGUGGGCCAUGGCAGAACUCAUGAGAAGCCCAGAAGAUCUGAAGCGGGUUCAACAAGAGCUAGCCCAAGUUGUGGGCCUGGACCGUCGGGUAGAGGAGUCCGACUUCGAGAAGCUCACCUACCUCCGUUGCGCCCUCAAGGAGACCCUCCGCCUCCACCCGCCGAUCCCUCUCCUCCUUCACGAAACAGCGGAAGAAACAACCGUCGGGGGCUACUUUAUCCCGAAGCGGGCGCGCGUCAUGAUCAACGCGUGGGCCAUAGGAAGGGAUCCGAGCAGCUGGGAGGAGCCGGAGACGUUCAGGCCCGGGCGGUUCUUGAAGGCCGGCGUUCCGGACUUCAAGGGAAGCAACUUCGAGUUCAUACCGUUCGGAUCGGGUCGAAGGUCUUGCCCGGGGAUGCAGUUGGGGCUGUACGCGCUUGAGCUGGCGGUGGCCCAUCUACUCCACUGCUUCACGUGGGAGCUUCCCGACGGGAUGAAGCCGAGCGAGAUGGACAUGAGCGACGUCUUCGGACUCACCGCUCCCAGAGCCACUCGCCUCGUCGCUGUUCCCACAAAGCGCGUGCUCUGCCCUCUCUCUUAGAAACCCAAACCAACAACCUCCUUCUCCAAACAUAACAAACACUUUCCCGCCCUUUUUUUAUUGUAAUUUUUUUCUCUCUCUCUUUUUUUAAUCCCCCCACCAAAAAAAUUAUACACAAAGAAAACGUAUCUAUAUAUGUAUGUAACUAUGAAAAUGAAAAUGGAAAUAACGAACCCAACAAGGAAGUAAUGUCUAGUUUACUGCUUCUAUUUUUUUCCCUUUUAAUUAAUUUGUGAGAGGACACUUAAUUAGGUUAUUGAUGUGAUGUAAGGUUUGUUGCAAGCAAAAUUAUACAGUGGUAAUCGUUGACGUUAUUGAUUCCA